CAGUCGUAUCGUGCGUGCCUCGAAAAGUAGAAUCUACAUAAGCCUCCCUUCCCGCCCUCCUAGAUCACACCUCCCUCCCUUCCCCCUCGCCACAUUUGUUUUACCUACCAACCUUCCUUCAUUCCUCCACCCCCAACCCCCAAAAUGCCUGUCCUUUCCGCACCUACCGGCUCCAGCAGCCUGCCUGGCCUGGACCUCCCCUAUGCAUUCCUCGGCGGCUCCCUCCUCCUCGUCCUCGGAGUAUUAAUAUCACGAAAGUCCAAAUCCAAAUCCAAAUCCUCCCCAAGAAACAUGUCACACCCACCAGUCUCGGAGAAACCAUCACCUCAAAGCCAGGAACCAUAUAUUUCUAAUGCGUCGGCCCCGCUGACUUUCCCCCAACAUCACCACCCUCGCCCCCCACCACCAUUGCCAUUCACACCCCCAACACUCUCGACAACCAUCUUUCCCGCCCCCAUCGAAUACGCUCCCGGUUCUGACUCGCAAACCUCUUCGCCGGGCGGAGGAGGAGGACUAAACCAAUCUUACUACGACUCGCCCACGACGCUGGAAUUCGAGUACCCGUUCGACUCGACCCCUUCCUCCUCCGAGCCCGCGGUCCUCUCCAAGCCCAAUUCAGAAACCGGAACCGACGACCCCCUCCCCCGCCGCCGCUCCUACACGAAAACCCAUUCCACCUCCUCGACCUCCUCGACGCUGUCUACAGGAUCCGUCACCAUCACGGGCGAAGUGAUCCAAGCCGAGGGCUGGCGCCGCCACACCCGCGUCUUCGGCGGCGGCGUCUGUAAAGCGUGUGAGGAGAGCGAGAAAAAGAUGAGCGCUUGACUACAGGAACGGGGACUGAAGGAGCCGCCGAGCAUUGAGGUAGUGCCUUGGAAGCCUCCAGAACGCAGGGGAAGUGAGAGGGAAUGAGCGAGUGUACGAAUAGUUGAAGCAAGCAAGCAUUUUUGACUCGUUAGAAGGGGGCCAACCGACUGGGUGGGAAAGUUUCGGUUUCGAAGGGGGCGGCGCCGCGAGGCGAAGGCGAAGAAUUACGCGUACGAGGAAACCAUGGAAUUUUGCGUUAGGAGCAGGAUAGGAUCGGAUAGGGUUGAUAUUGGCUGGAGUUAGACGCAUCGGAUGGACUACUGCUUAAAAAAGACUUUACUGUUCAU